AGAGUCCUCCCCGGCGGCGCACGCAGCUGGUACCCAGCCAGCCUGGGGAUCCUGCUCUCUCUCCUAUGCCCGGUGCAGUGGUGACAUGAGGGGGUCAGUGAGACGCGUGCUGCGGGGUCUGGCAGGCCGGGCCCCAUGGCCGCAGGGUCUCCGGGGAGCCCCAGAGGGGCCCCGGCCGUACAGCAGCAACGCCGCAGAGGCCCCGGUGGUCCGCACACGGGACAGGAUCCUCACCCUGCAGUCCAUGAACCCGCAGGUCCGGGCCGUGGAGUACGCGGUGCGGGGGCCCAUCGUGCUGAAGGCCGGGGAGAUAGAGAGGGAGCUGCAGCAGGGGAUCAAGAAACCAUUUGAUGAGGUCAUCAAAGCGAACAUCGGUGACGCCCACGCAAUGGGACAGCAGCCAAUCACUUUUCUCCGUCAGGUUGUGGCGCUUUGUACUUAUCCGGAUCUCCUGGAUAAUCCACGUUUCCCACAGGACGCUAAAGAAAGAGCCAGCAGAAUCCUGCAGUCCUGCGGAGGACAGAGCCUGGGAUCCUACAGCGCCAGCCAAGGAGUCUCCUGCAUCCGGGAAGAUGUUGCACGGUAUAUCGAGCGGCGAGACAGCGGGAUUCCUGCAGACCCGGAGAAUAUUUACCUGACUACUGGCGCUAGUGAUGGCAUAUUUACCAUCCUGAAGAUCCUGGUGUCAGGAGACGGGAGAUCACGGACAGGAGUCAUGAUUCCUAUCCCUCAGUACCCAUUGUACUCUGCAGCCAUAUCUGAACUCAACGCAGUCCAGGCGAAUUACUACCUGGACGAGGGGAACUGUUGGGCGUUGGACAUCAAUGAACUACGAAGGGCAUUGUACCAGGCAAAAGAAUUCUCCAACCCAAAGGUGCUUUGUAUCAUUAAUCCAGGAAACCCGACGGGACAGGUGCAGAGCAGGCGCUGCAUAGAGGAAGUCAUUCACUUUGCCUGGGAGGAGGGGCUGUUUCUACUGGCAGAUGAGGUCUAUCAGGACAACGUCUACUCUGAAAGCUGCCAAUUCCAUUCAUUUAAGAAAGUCCUGUACGAGAUGGGUCCGGAAUACAGCAGUAACGUGGAGCUCGCCUCAUUCCACUCCACCUCCAAGGGUUACAUGGGAGAGUGUGGGUACAGAGGCGGCUAUAUGGAGGUGGUGAACCUGCACCCGGAAAUUCAGACGCAGCUGGUGAAGAUCCUUUCUGUUCGCCUCUGUCCUCCGGUGCCCGGGCAGGCCGCCAUGGAUGUUGUGGUGAAUCCGCCGCAGCCCAGCGAGGAGUCCUACGAGCAGUUUAUCCAGGAGAAAGAAGCCGUGCUGUCCACCCUGGCUCACAAGGCCAGACUGACAGAGGAGUGGUUCAACCAGAUUCCCGGCAUUGAGUGUAACCCGCUGCAAGGUGCCAUGUAUGCCUUCCCCCGGAUCCAUAUACCGCCCCGCGCUGUACAGAAAGCAGAGGAUUUGCAGAUGGCUCCUGACAUGUUGUACUGCAUGCAGCUGCUGGAGCAGGCCGGGAUCUGCGUGGUUCCUGGGAGCGGCUUCGGGCAGAAGGAGGGAACGUACCACUUUAGAAUGACCAUCCUGCCUCCGACGGACAAGCUGCAGCUUAUGUUGCAGAAGAUAAAGGACUUUCACCUCCGCUUCCUGCAUGACUUCUCCUAAACCCUCCGCCGCAAUCCGCGGGCGGGUCGACGCCUUGAACUGUUCAACCUACUAAAAGUAUUAACCCUUUGCCGACAGGCGGCCCUCCGUGUUACAAAUCGGGGGGGGGGGGAGGGAUUUGUCAAUCUGUGUUUGUCCCCGGAGCGGUUAUUUGUUGGGUGGUUCAGGGAAGCUGAUGCUCGUUUUUAUAAAUACAAGUUUUAUUCCUUUUCUAGAA